AUGGUGGCAAAAACGAACCAGCGCUUCAGUUAGCUAGCACAUUAGCGAACUAGCAAGAGUAUAGCGACAGAAAACAGCUAUAGCUUGCUAGCUAGUAGUGUACUAGCCAGGAUUGAAAAUGGCUAGCUAACUACUGGAUGUGAAGAUCUAGCAACAUAUGAAGGAGCGUUGCAAACCAUUAUCAAACCCGAACAUUUCUAUUUUUGAACAGCUGUUUACAAUGGACCUUCCACAUGGCUACCGAGCAAGUGGUAAGUAACGUUAGCUAGCUAAAAGGUUCUCUACGCUAGCAAAUUUAACUAGCUCGCUUAGGCAAGGCUGUCAUUGCAUCAUGCAUGAAUUGUUGUUGUCAAGGUAGUUACAGGUUGAAUACUCAUUAUUGUCACUCUUUGAAUCUCAUAAUUGCCUUGUAACUCAAUAUUGCCAUGGUCCACAGUCUAGCUGAGGAACCCCGGCUCAACUCCGUUUUCUUAUAUGGCUGCUGAGUUGAGAUUUGAUGACUGGGUCGCGGAAUUUGCUAGCAACAACAUUGAGUCACCAUCAGUCGAUUCUGAAAAACGCAUGACUGUACCUAUGUUUGUCUGGUAGAAGUGCGGUCCUUCUGUGGGGUGCUGAAAUUCAUACUUUAAAUAAAAACUUUUAGCGAAUACAACCACCAACUUUUUUUUUUUUCUUCUCGUUGAAGUCCCAAUGAUGCCGGAGUGCUCGGAACCAAUUGAAUCUCAGUUUACGCAGUAUAAGCAACGAGGAAAAAGUCGGUGGUUGUAUUCGCAUAAAGUUUAUUAGAAGUAUUUUCAGCACCCCGUGGAAGGACCGCAGUUGUACAGGACAAACAUAGUUACGGGUAAACGUUUUCAGAAUGUUUAUUUUUACAAUAAUCGACUUUUGGUGACAAUGUUGUUGCAAACGGAUACCGAGACCAGUCAUCAAAACUCAACUCAGCCUCGAUAUAAGAGAACGGAGUUGAAGGUUCCCCAGCUAGCUCCACACCUGCCUUAAAUACACAAAUAUUAUUACAAUAAUAUAUGAAGUCAUUUUUCACAUCACAUUUAUUAUCAAUACAAAAUAUGUCUGAUAUGACGUCAUACAAUACUACUACUGACUAACACACCUAUCUCACAAGUCCCAGUUCUCAUCUCCAUCUGUAGCAAAGCCAAGAGCUCGUGCAGCUCCCCACGCUGGGGACCCUCUCCUCUUUGAAGAUACCAGUUCUGCAGCGCCACCAAUGAACAAUCAGGGUUACUACACUACUGGAUACAACAUGGGAGGGGCUCCAGCUGGAGGACCAGGGGAUGCUGGGGUCAACAACCUGUUUGCUGACCCAAUGGCCAGUACAGCCAUGAUGUAUGGCUCUUCCCUGGCCAACCAGGGAAAGGAUAUUGUCAGCAAGGAGGUGAGAGAAUCACACUAGAGGCUGGUCUCAUUUUCAUUGGGACGAUGGCUACGUUCCAAAAAACUAACAGCUGAAUGCACUAGAGUUGCAGCAGGUACAGUGCCUUAGGAAGGUAUUCAGACCCCUUGACUUUUUCCACAUUUUGGUACAUUAGCCUUAUUCUAAAAUGGAUAAAAUAAAAUAGCAAUCUACACACAAUACCCCAUAAUGACAAAAUUGAAAACAGAUUUUUAGAAUUUUUUGCAAAUGUAUAAAUAAAUAAAAAACGGAAACCUUAUUUACAUAAGUAUUCAGACUCUUUGCUAUGAGACUCGAAAUUGAGCUCAGGUGCAUCCAGUUUCCAUUGGUAAUCCUUGAGCUGUUUCUACAACUUGAUUGGUGUCCACCUGUGGUAAAUUCAAUUGAUUGGACAUGAUUUGGAAAGGCACACACCUGUCUAUGUAAGGUCCCACAGUUGACAGUGCAUGUCAAAGCAAAAACCAAGCCAUGAGGUUGAAGGAAUUGUCCGUAGAGCUCCGAGACAGGAUUGUGUCGAGGCAAAGAUCUGGUGAAGGGUACCAAAACAUUUCUGCAGGAUUGAAGGUCCCCAAGAACACAGUGGCCUCAAUCAUUCUUAAAUGGAAGAAGUUUGGAACCACCAAGACUCUUCCUUGAGCUGUCCGCCCGGCCAAACUGAGCAAUCGGGGGAGAAGGGCCUUGGUCAGGGAGGUGACCAAGAACCCGAUGGUUACUCUGAUAGAGCUCUAGAGUUCCUCUGUGGAGAUGGGAGAACUUUCCAGAAGAAUAACCAUCUCUGCAGCACUCCACCAAUCAGGCCUUUGUGGUAGUGUGGCCAGACGGAAGCCACUCCUCAGUAAAAGGCACAUGACAGCCCGCUUGGAGUUUGCCAAAAGGCACCUAAAGACUCUCAGACCUUGAGACACAAGGUUCUCUGGUCUGAUGAAACCAAGAUUGAACUCUUUGGCCUGAAUGCCAAGCGUCACGUCUGGAGGAAACCUGGCACCAUCCCUACGGUGAAGCAUGGUGGUGGCAGCAUCAUGCUGUGGGGAUGUUUUUCAGCGGCAGGGACUGGGAAACUAGUCAGGAUCGAGGCAAAGAUGAACGGAGGAAAGUACAGAGAUCCUUGACAAAAACCUGCUCCACAGCACUCAGGACCUCAGACUGGGGCGAAGGUUCACCUUCCAACAGGACAAUGACCCUAAGCACACAGCCAAGACAGUGCAGGAGUGGCUUCAGGUCAAGUCUCUGAAUGUCCUUGAGUGGCCCAGCCAGAGUCCGGACUUAAACCCGAUCUAACAUAUCUGGAGAGACCUGAAAAUAGCUGUGCAGCAACGCUCCCCAUCCAACCUGACAGAGCUUGAGAGGAUUUGCAGCGAAGAAUGGGAGAAACUCUCCAAAUACAGGUGUGCCAAGCUUGUAGCAUCAUACCCAAGAGGACUCGAGGCUGUAAUUGCUGCCAAAGGUGCUUCAACAAAGUACUGAGUAAAGGGUAUGAAUACUUAUGUAAAUGUUAUAUUUCAGUUUUUUAUUUUGAAUAAAUUAGCAAACAUUUCUAAAAACCUGUUUUUCCUUUGUCAUUAUGGUGUAUUGUGUGUAGAUUGAGGGGAGAAAACAAUUUUAACAAUUUCAGAAUAAGGCUGUAACCUAACAAAAUGUGGAAAAAGUCAAGGGGUCUGAAUACUUUCCGAAGGCAUUGCGUUCAAGUGUGGAUCCUUUCAGAUCAACUCGGGGAUGAGAUUUUAUCAAAGGGCUUCAGCCAGAUAUGGAUAAAGAUUGGAUGGUUAGGGUUAGCUGUGUAUGAGGUAGCCACAUGAGCUCUAGAGCUGGUCUGCAUCUGUUACUUGGCUUAGUUUGUGCCUGAUGGAGCCUACUGUUGACCUCUUUCAUAGUUUGUUCCUUAGAAGCAUUGUGACACAUUACUCUGUCCGACUCUUGAUGCUGGAUGAGACUGCGCCAACCAUCUUUGACUGUGCUUAUGAUGACAGAGAAAUUCACUUGUGCAAUCUCUGUCUCUUUAGAUCAGCAGGUACGUGUCUGUGAACAAACUGAAGUAUUUCUUUGCCGUUGAUUCCAAAUAUGUAAUGAAGAAACUACUGCUCCUCAUGUUUCCAUACACACACCAGGUAAUCAAGUCAUUUAUUACGUCAUAUCACAUCCUUACACAUGAUGUUCCACAGAGUAUGAUACCCAACAGCACUGUAGCACACACUGGUGUGUCAAAGUCAUGGAGAUAGUCUUGGCAUUCCUCCUUCGUCUCGUCUCAUGUUCUCUUGCACCUAUCUAAUAGUCAGGCCUCCAAACAAGAUAAUCACUCUGCUAGCACUUGUGUGUUUUGAUGUUGAGGUCACACAGAAGAUUAACAUUGCCUCUGUUACGGAUGUAAAAAGGACCGCUGCAUUUGUGUUUCAUAAAUUUUUAUAUUAACAAGCCUGAUCAGUUUCCACACAAUUUCCAUACUCAGAUUAGGAUACAUUGUUAAACAGACAUUCUGUGACCUGAUCAAUGUUAUUUUCAGCAAUAACUUCUCUAUGAUGUGUAAAUACAUUUCACAUGUUGUUAUUUCAAUAGGACUGGGAAGUUCGUUACCACAGAGACACUCCUCUCACACCCAGGCAUGAUGUGAAUGCGCCCGACCUUUACAUACCGUGUAAGUUAAUUUUAUGAUAUCAGAAAGAUGUUUAAUAUCAUUCAUCUUUCAUGAUGGAAUCUUUUGAAUUGGAAUACACACUUUGAAUUGUUUUGUUUAUUACUGUAUUGUUUUUCAGCAAUGGCUUUCAUCACCUACAUUUUGCUAGCUGGGAUGGCCCUUGGCAUUCAGAAGAGGUUACUUCAACUAUUAUUAUAAUUAUAACUACGUUUUCUUUAGAACUGUACAAACACGGUCAAGCAAAUAUAUGAUUUCUGUAAUGUUACAGAUACAAUUUAUUCAUUUCAUUAACACAGUACUUGUAACUUAAUCAACAAACUAAAGUUCUUCCCUCAUAAUUAUUAUUGUCUCUUCUUCAAUGGCAGGUUCAGUCCAGAGGUCCUUGGUCUGUGUGCCAGCACUGCUUUGGUGUGGGUUGUCAUAGAGGUCUUGGUCAUGUUGCUGAGUCUCUACCUUCUCUCUGUUCACUCUGACCUAUCCAUCUUUGACCUCGUUGCCUACAGUGGAUACAAAUAUGUGGGGUAAGGGCUCCAAUAGAUCUGUGUUGUUAUCUAGACUCUGUAAGAUUUGUUUUAACUUCACGUUGUUACAUUUGUUCACACAUUACUAUGAUACCCCUGUUUUUUUAGCAUGAUGAUUCUAUGUUUUAGGAUGAUUUUCACAGUGCUGGGUGGUCUGCUGUUUGGCAGUGAUGGGUACUUCGUGGCUCUCACCUGGUCAUCGUGUGCCCUUAUGUUUUUCAUUGUAAGUACUUGAGAACUCUGGAAAUGUUUCAGAUAUUCUCUUAACUAGUAAUGCAUGCUUAAUGCACGAUAGGAAGCAAGUUGACAUGGUUUAAUUAGUUUUUCUUACUUUAAACUUUAUUUCCAAGAGUAAACAUAAUUUUGAUCAUCCCAUCAGGUCCACUCUCUCAAAAUGAAGAUUCUGUCGUCUCUCUCCCAUGACUCCAUGGGGGCUGGGGCGAGUGCCAAACCAAGACUCCGCCUGUACAUCACCGUGGCCACCGCAGUUUUUCAGCCAAUCAUUAUCUACUGGCUCACCUCACAUCUGGUCAGGUGACCUGGUAUGGGGUCUGACCCUAAGGUCCAUUGGUAUCAAGCUUUUAAAAAACACAUGUUGAUGCUUUCUACAAACUUCCUUCUUGUGAGUGUCACUGUUACCUGCCUUUCAGCUCAUCUGCCAGGGAAAACGGGAUAAUCGAUAUUGAGCUUUAUCUUGUGUUCAGCUUGUGGGUUAAAGCUUUAAAUGAACAUUUAUUUUUGACUUUUGUAGGUGUGAGACUUUUGUAUGCAAGACAUCACUUGUCACAAUGGAAGGCUUUUAUGUUUUCCCACCAUGAGUGUUUUACAGACAGUCAUUUUUGGCCACCUUAUUUAUAGAGAAAGAAGGGCUUUGUAUUCAUGAAAUUGGAAGUUAUGAUAAAUGUUUCACGCCACACUCCAGUUCUUCCUCUAAAGUGUCCUGUUUAUGUUGUCCAUUUGGGUUUACCAGAAAUGUUGCAAUGUGGUUAAAUGGAAAAUGAUUGAGCUACUUGGAGGAUGUGCUACCAGUGCCCUCUCCAUUUUAGCCUUCCCUGUUAAUCCCUCCUUUUAUUAUUUAUCUAAACUUUGUGGAGCAUGAACAACAUUGUUAGCAUUUUUAAAAAAUAAAAUAGAAUUUUAACCAUGCCUUU